AUUGUGCGGGUAUGACACUUUAUUUAGAUUUUGUUGUUGAGUAAGGAAGCAGGAUGAAAGUGUUUGUCGUACUAGUAGUGUUCAGUGUGCUGUUUCAGGCGUCUGCUGGGUCGAUAUGGGGAUGGCUAACUGAUGACGCUGAAGCAGCUGAAAGUGCUCUAACUCCUGAAGAAGAUAUAACAGAAGAAUGUCUACAACUGGCAAGUUGGGGUCAGUGUUCAUUCUAUGACUGUUUGGAAAGAAGGUUCGGGUGUGGUGAUGAAGGUUACACGAAUAGAAUUAGUAAACACUUCUGCACUAAGAUUGAUGACAAUUACGAGACUUUUGAUGAUUUCGUAAGCACAUUAUACAUACGAUAUUUUUUGUAA